CACCACGUGAUGCAUGCCCCGCCUAUUACUCGUAAUAAGACUCCAUUUCCGAGUGUUCCUCGGGAGAGGAGGUCAGCCUUUCGCCCAGAGCGUCCGAAAGCUGCGUCCCCCAGGCCACAGCCGGAGCCGUAGCCGAUGCUGAGAGGGCGGCUGAGCCGGCUCCUGUUCUCCAUGGCCGGUCGCGUCUGUCUGUCCCGGGAAAGCUCGGGGUCGGGUGCUGUCGGUCCCGGUCCCGUCGAGGCCGUCAUUCGCAGCAAGUUGGAGCAGGCCUUUAAGCCCGAGGUGCUGGAGCUGCGCAACGAGAGCGGAGGCCACGCGGUGCCCCCGGGCAGCGAGACGCAUUUCCGCGUGGCGGUGGUGAGCUCCCGCUUUGAGGGGCUGAGCCCGCUGCAGCGCCAUCGGCUGGUGCACGCCGCGCUGUCAGAGGAGCUGGCCGGGCCGGUCCACGCACUGGCCAUACAGGCGCGGACCCCUGCCCAGUGGAGGGAGAACCCCCAGAUAGACGUGAGCCCUGCGUGCCUUGGCGGAAGCAAGAAAACUCGAACCUCCUGAACUCCGAAAAGGAGGAUGAGCAGGAUCCAAAUGUUGUGAAUGAGAAUAAACUAUUGGGACCUUCUCA